UGCCAGCUGGAGGGCUUGGGUUCACUAAAUACUUAAUACUGUUUGAACGUCAAUCAUAAUUAACUUUAUCCGCUGUAGCUAUUUCCUGGGGAACAGUAAAUUUAAUAAAAAUAAAUGAGUGGGUUUUAUCCCGUUUUAUUUACUUUAACCUUUCCCAUUGUAAUGUUCAAACAAUUGGAUCAAUUUUUAACUGUUGGCACACCUAUUGUCACUCAGACGCCGUGAGCAGCCCGCACGCACGCGCACAUAACCACACUCCCUUCACUAUCGGGAGCGAGCGUUUGGCGCACACCCUCCUCUCCUCCCUAGGGCGGAAGUGGGUCCAUUUUUUUCACCUCAGUCGGAUAAGAGCGGCUCGAGGAGCUGCAGCACGAGCGACACGCGCCCACGAGAGCGCACACCUCAUGUUUAUGUUGAUUCACCUGUGAGCAAACACCGGCAACAAUAACGAAGUAUGGGACGAUAUUAAGGUCCUGGCGGUCUUUGGACCGAGUGUUUCCCGGUUGUAGGGGACAGUUUUCCUGCGCAUUCCUCCACGCAGAGAGAGCCACGGAGGGAGACCAGAGGACAGACUCAAAGGGGAAGGAGAGCUGGAAGCGGCCUCUUCACAAGGGGGACCGGGGAAUCCACCGGCAGAGACUUGAGAUUGACGUCCUGUCUGAUGUUCUGGGCUGUAUCGGAGACUCUCUGUGUUUGUUUUUGAUGCCUUAGUGACCCGAGGCACGCUAUGAGAUCGUUGCUUUGAUGAAUAAUUUACGGUCUCGCUGUCCGAGGCUCGCGCUGCGACUACCCACCGACCGCUGGCUGCGCCCGACGUGGUGGACCAGAGAGAAACGCCACAACGACAACACGGGCCUCAAUCGUUGUGAAUAAAACAAAACUACAUUACACAUUGUUUGAUAACGUUACUCGCCUGGGUGCUGUUCUGUAGCGCAGAGCCCCGUAGUCAUGUUGCCGAGUCAGUGGGGGAGCAGAGACGGAGCCCCCAGUAUUUUGACCCUACGGCUCUGCAGUUUCGGGUUUAUUUUAUGAGCCUCGGCGAAACCGCAUCGGACACGACUUCGACUUUUUCCUCCACAGAAGCGCCAGCAUCGUCCAUUGUUGGUUUUAUUUGAAAACAAUUAUGCGGACGCCCCCCCCCCCCCCUCCUCCCCAAAAAAACGCCUUACACAGCUGAAUUGAUACGAUCUUAACAGCCUAUGGAUUUCUUUUUAUUACCUCUGAAACAAUCUUUGAAGAAAUUGGCUACCUCAUUGUUUUGCAUCAGAUGGCUUCGUUUCCAGACUCGGACCUGCAGACGUGCCCUCUCUGCAAGGAGCUUUGCGGCUCCUCUGCACCUAUUUCCUCCAGCUCAUCUACCUCCUCAUCUUCCUCACAUACCUCGUCUUCCUCCAGCCAGACCACCAGGAGGCUCCACGUCCUGCCCUGCCUCCAUGCCUUUUGCAGGCAGUGUCUGGAGGGCCAGCGCAGUCCUGGGGACCCGCUGAAGCUGCGGUGCCCCACCUGCGACCAGAAGGUGUCCAUCUCUGAGGCCGGGGUGGACUCCCUGCCUUCCUCCAACUUCCUCUUCAGCAACCUGCUGGACGUGGUGGUGAGCUCUGAGGAGCAGAUCCAGAACAAGAAUGGCCACCACCACCUCCGAGGAGGCUUAGGCGGAGGCUCCAGCUUCCAUCUCCCUCAUGGAGGCCUGCUGCACCCUCACCACCUGGGAGAACCUCAAUGCAGCUCCUGUGACGAGGAGAACCCAGCUACCUCCCACUGCCUUGACUGCCAGGAGUAUCUGUGUGACAACUGUGUGCGUGCACACCAGAGGGUGCGGCUGACCAAAGACCACUUUAUAGAGCGCCUGGGAGAGAACCUCCACCUGGGCCGGGUCAAUGCCAACGGCAACCCAGGGCAGCCUGGGGUGUCGGUGUCCCUCGCCCAGUCCCUCCAGAACAACUUUGCCCUACUGUCCCUGUUUCAGGAUCGCAUGAGCUUCUGCCAACACCAUGACAAUGAGGUAUUCCUGUUCUUCUGUGAAACCUGCUCGGUGCCUAUCUGCAGGGAGUGCAGUGUGGGCCGUCAUAUGGGCCACACCUUCGUUUAUCUACAAGACGCCGUACAGGACUGCAGGGCCAUCACCAUCCAGCUGCUGUCAGAUGCACAGCAGGGACGACAGGCUGUACAGCUAAGCAUGGAGAAGGUGCAGGCCAUGGCAGAGCAGGUGGAGAUCAAAGCCAAGGUGGUGCAGACUGAAGUGAAGGCCCUUGUCCUCAGACACAAAAAAGCGCUGGAGGAGAGGGAAUGUGAACUACUGUGGAAGGUGGAGAAGAUCCGUCAGGUGAAAGCCAAGUCUCUGUACCUGCAGGUGGAGAAACUGCACCAGAGUCUGACCAAGUUGGACAGCACCAUCGAUGCUGUCAGCCAGAUGCUGGACGAGGGCCGCCACCUUGAUGUGCUGCUGGCCAGGGAGCGAAUGCUCACCCAGAUCCAUGAACUCAAAGCUUUGAGGGGCCUGCUGCAGCCGCAAGAGGAUGAUCGCUUCAUGUUCACUCCUCCAGACCAGGCUGUGUACAUAGCCAUCCAGUCCAUGGGCCUUAUCAGCAGCGGAGCCUUUGCCCCGGUCACCAAAGCCCAUGGCGAGGGUCUAAAAAGCGCUCUUCGUGGCAAGCCAGCCUCCUUCACUGUGAACGGAUAUGACCAUGACGGCGAGCCACGUCUUUCCGGCGGGGACACAGUGUCUGCAAUAGUCAUGUCAGUCACAGAUGGUAACCUGUCUACAGCAGAGGUAUCGGACCACCAGAAUGGCUCAUACACCGUCAGCUACCUGCCUAAAUGUGAGGGGGAGCACCUCGUGUCGGUGUUGGUGUGUAACCAGCACAUCCAGGGGAGCCCCUUCAAGGUGAUCGUGAAGUCAGGGCGGAGCUAUGGCUCCCUGGGCUCCCAAGUGUCAGCCUUCGGGUGCGAGGGGGAGGGAGAUGGUCAGCUGUGUCGUCCAUGGGGUAUCAGCGUGGACAAGGAGGGAUACGUGGUGGUGGCCGAUCGCAGCAACAACCGCAUACAGAUAUUCAAGCCUUGCGGUGCCUUCCACCAUAAGUUUGGCUCUCUGGGUUCCCGGCCUGGUCAGUUUGAUCGUCCAGCGGGUGUUGCGUGUGACAGUCAGAGACGAAUCAUUGUGGCUGAUAAGGACAAUCACCGUGUGCAGGUGUUUACUUUUGAGGGCCAGUUCCUGUUGAAGUUUGGAGAAAAGGGUACCAAGAACGGGCAGUUCAACUAUCCCUGGGAUGUGGCUGUCAACUCUGCGGGUAAGAUCUUGGUCUCGGACACCAGGAACCACCGUGUGCAGCUCUUCACCCCUGACGGCUCUUUCCUCAACAAGUACGGCUUUGAGGGGGCCCUGUGGAAACACUUUGACUCUCCCAGAGGAGUGGCCUUUAACCACGAAGACCACCUGGUGGUGACCGACUUCAACAACCACCGGCUUCUGGUCAUCCGGCCGGACUGCCAGUCAGCUCGCUUUCUGGGCUCUGAGGGCACCGGGAACGGGCAGUUUCUGCGACCCCAGGGCGUCGCUGUGGACCAGGAGAACCGCAUCAUUGUGGCAGACUCCCGCAACCACCGAGUCCAAGUGUUCGAGCCCAAUGGAAACUUCUUAUGCAAAUUUGGCACACAGGGGAGUGGCUAUGGACAGAUGGAUCGCCCCUCAGGUGUGGCUGUGACGCCUGACGGAGUCAUUGUGGUCGUUGACUUUGGAAAUAAUCGCAUCCUCAAGUUCUAAAGAAUGUUUAUUUUUUACAUUCUCUCCCUCUGUUUGCCCUUUUGCAGUUUUUACGAUGAAGGAAAUGGAGGAUAGAGAAUGAAUCAACAGACACAACAGGAGGAGAGCUCAGAGAGGAUUUAGAGCGUGUUGAAGUGAAGGGAAAUUAAAACUUGAGAUGAUAUUUUUUUCCAUUUACAUUGAUAUACUCCCAAUAAGUGUGGUAUGUAUGACAAAGGGGGGCCUCUACAAAUUGAUAAUCAGUAGAAAAAGAGCCAUAUUUCCCACCUCACUCUCAGCUGCUCUGAACUCUCUCUGUACGCUCUCCUUAAGUAUCCAUCUCAGGGAAUUUCUCACUUUUCUUAAAAUCUUGUACCCUCUGCUCCAUACCUACCUCAUUUAGCUCUUUAUGAAUGUACUCAUAGUCACUGAGCAGAGGUUUUAGUCCGUGAAGUUUUACAGAGAAGAAAAGUCUACCUCUAUAGUUUGUUAUUUAAGAGAGACAAAAAAGAAUAGACUGUUCAGUUGAUAUUUGCACAGGAUUAAUAGAAUUCUUGCUGUGCAUUUUGAAAUAUGAGUUAAAGUGAACCUCCUGAAUGUUGUUGCUGAGACAAUACUCAGACCGCUGUAGAGGCUGCAUGAUUUAUUCUCAUUACAGAGAGGACAGGAUACUAGGGUACAGUAGUUUCCUUUUCACAGUUUUAGGCUUGGUAGUCUUUCGCUUAUGCAUCACCCUUUGUCUCUUCGUGGCUUUGUGGAGUUUGUAGUGUCAUGUCUAAAAGCAGUGUGCGAAGUGAUGCCAAACUUAGAAUCAAAAUUAGCUCAGGUAGGACUGAUUUAAAAAUAAUCAGUACUUUUAAGGCUAACCCUCCAGCUUUAAUGGCUAAUGCUGAUUUGAUGGAUUUAUUGACAAAAUAAAAUUAUAAAGUGGAGGAAAUGAUCCCCAAAAUAAGCCCUGUAAUAAAAUAAUCCAAAGUGUCUGAUCAUCCACACACCCCUGCCCCCAAUUGUGUCUCAUAAGACUAAUGUUUUUGAUUAAAUAAGACCACUUCUGUCAUUAUAGCCUAGUCAGCUGCAAGAACAACUAAGAUGCAAAGAUUAGUAUGUUAGGAGAGCAGCAUCUCCUUCAAAAGGGAGGACCCACCAAAGGAUUUUAGAGAGAGAUUUUCCAAGAUCUGGAUCUAUUAGUGAUCUUAACGUAGAUAUUAAAUCAAGUAGUUGAAUGACACCUUUUUGGUGAGGCAUGCUGUGUGACAAAAGCCUCACAAGUAGACUCCUAAUUUGGCUCAAAUAAAAGGCCUAAUAUUACAAUCCUUUGGAUUUAGAUUGUGGUUAAAAGCCACUUCCUUUGGCUGGAUCUAGGAUUUAGUCCAGUCCGAUGAGAGGGCGUGAUCACAAAGCCUGCCCUAUUUAUUGAUCUUUGCAGUUGAGGAGACCUCUCCAGAUUGAGCUCUAGUAGACUGAUUCCUCCAAAGACGGAGGUCUAUAGAGCCACUACUGGAGUCAACCAAAGUUAGAAUUUCUGCACAAUGGCCAACUAGGUUUGGCAAUUAAAAAAAAAAGUCCCCUUUAAAAAUGUUUUCUUAAAUAAUCAUUGUUUGCUGGGAAGUCUAAAGUUUAUAAAACUCAUGGAGUUGGGCUCAUAGCACUGUCCUCGUUAGGCUUAGAAGAUUUAUUGUGCAUGAGUACUUUGAUCCUGCUAAGACCAAGGCCCUUGCUGUCUGAAGCAGAUAUUUGAAAGACGAUCCUUUUCAUCUGUCUCCAGAGAUGUUUGUGAAGAGAACAGAAGAUACCCACACCAAAGAAGAACCGCUUCCUCCCCCGCGCAUUUAUGAACUCAGCCCAUCAAACGACACCCCGGUUUUAUCAUUAUUAGAUGGCCCAUAGGCUCAAAGUAGCAUCUCAGAUUAGCUUUUGUAUCCCAGUCUAUUUACCAUAGAAACUAAUAGGUACUAACUCUGUGGUGAAAACAUUGUGGGGUUUUGAAUCCCCUUGUCCUUCGUUCCAUCUGUGUCCCACUGGAAGCACUAGACAAUAAAACGUUCUGUUAGCCGCCUCCUUAGACUAGCAAGGAACCUUGGACCCUAUGAAAAGAUUCACCAACGGGCCCUCACCUCUGAGGAGGGGGCCCGUCUGCACAUGAUCAGGAUUUACAUCGUCAUAUCUCAGAUAUCGUGUACCUCAACUUUUCUUGCAUACCUCAACUCCUGAAUACCUCGUUUGUCACUCACAACUGCUGUGCAUUGAAAUCUUCAAAUACCUCAACUUGUUACUCAUUCUGAAUACCUCAUUUUUACUCUUUUAUUUAAGCAUACCUCAUCAGAUAUUUAUGCAUUACGAAUAUACCUCAUUCUUUAUAUCUUCUUGUGUUACAGUACAUGCCCUAUAGCUCUAGGACCAAAGAUCACGGUACUGUUUUGAGUUGAUUUGUUACGGUCAUUGCUCCACCUUCCAACCCUGAACAGCCUUUAGGUUGUUCAGCCUACUGUAAAUUGCCUGGUAAACUAUGCCUAUUUAUCAUCAAGAAUACCAAAUAUUUUCGAUGAAAACAUUGUGCCAAAAUGAUCAGUCAGAGUUCUGUGCCAAACAGGGUUGGCAUUUGGACAACGCUGUUGUAGACGACAAAUGUCACUGGAUCAUUAUAUCAUAAAUACAAAUGGUUAAAUCAGAGCACCUGAGAAUAAAUCCUCGCUCUCUGAUUGGAUGCACUUAAGAGGGCUGGGCCCCAUUUUAUCUUUACCUCAUGAUGAUGAGCAUGCAGAUUCCACUUGUACUUUCUUACUUAGGGGUGAGGGGAAGAGGAUGUGGCCUCUCUUGUAAAGAGUUAAGAACUUCACAAAUCCGCCUUUGAACACAUAACAUUUAACUCAGCGCAAUUUCCCAAUAUUUCAGUGCGAAUUUUAGGAUGCUUGAUGGUGGUUGUGGAGGACAUUGGGACAAGCUCAACCCCUCUGACUGUGGUUUAAACAAACACCCCAGAGGAUUACAACUAAUGUGUGACAACAGGCUGGUUUAUUAAGUGGAGCUAUUGGCACACUGAUGGCAAGCCGGUUUGCGUCCACAGACCCUGCUGCUUUGUACCCAACACCUAGAUUCACCAACAAGACUGUUUUGUGCUUUUCAGUAUUACUCUGUGAAAUGUUCAUUCAUGUUGCAUCACUUUUGUUUUGUUUUUUAAUUAAGAUUGCAGAAUUCUAUCUUUAAGAUCCUUAGGUCUUCACUCUUAAAGAGGAAAAUUGUAUUUUAAACCUUUAAUUUGUUUUUGUUUUUUUCAUUUUGUUGCAUGCUUUAAAAAGUCCUUGUAUUAUAUUGACGUCUCUCAGAUAGGUGUUGAAAAACUCAAUUGGGGUCGGUAGCUGACUAUUGGGAUGGUUUUACCAAAAUAUAUACCCAAAGAUGUGUAUGUGUGUUAGGAGUGCGUUAGAUGGAAUUAACCUUUGACCUUUGCGAUUGUAUUUCUUGUUCUCAAGAGGCUCUACAGAGCACAACCUAUUCAGCCAGCCAUGCCUCGAUUCCUGAGAAACAACAGAGGCAGAGUUUUCAGAUAAAUGCAGAAGGCUGGUGUGCCCCUCGACCGUUAGUGCUUAAUUUUCUUUAACUCCCUCCAGUAUACAUAAUAUGGGUAGACAUAUUAACAUAUUGUCUUUUCACACUCAAGCCGUGUAACUUUAGGAAGCUGUAAAAACUUCCUGCUGAGCCUGCUUGCCCACAGUGAUAAAUCCAUAAGCCAGCCAUUUUGUGUUCCAACCUAGUAAUAGGAACACUCUCACUGUCAUCCAAGACGCAGCUGGGUUUCUCCAGGGCAAGCUAGCAAUCUCUCCAGAAAGUGUGGUGAUGGCUGCUGACCGUUUGACUGCACUCCUUUUCGGCUGGGCAAGGGGGUUUUGGGGUUUUUUUUUUUUUUUUUUAUUGGGCCCCUGUGGUUUUUGUCCGCCAUUUUAUUUCUGGCCUCGUGGCUUUAAGAGAGGAAAAGCUGCACCAGGUGACAUGUGCAAGGUUGUAGACCUCCUUUUAAUGAUUGUAUACUCUAAAGAAAGAAAUUUAAAAAAAAAAGGUUGGAAAAUUUAGAAAGGAAAAAAAUAUAACUCAGGUAGUUCUCAACAGCCCUGUCCUGCAGGUGUCUCAUGAAACAUGUCCCAUAGUGAUUAUGUAGUGACUCCCCUCCCCCCGUUGUGACCUCUCAGUACUAGGCUGAUUCUUUUGUGUGCCCAUUUACAUAUUAUAAAACUAAUGAUUUCUAAAUCUGAAAUAAGGCUUUUGAUUAGUUUCCCCUCAUUAAUCUUUUUUUGUUUUCUUUUACAAAACGUACAAAUACGUCUCACCACUCGAUGCUCAUUUGCCCUUUUAGAAUGUAUUAUGUGAAGAAAGGGGUUAAAUGGGAUCUUGUUGAUGCUCACUCAACUACAACCAGCUGCUGGUAGCCUUACAAGACACAAGAGACCACAGACAAAAAGUAAUUUUUCCCUAACAUUUGGUGCUAAAUGUUCCACCGCAGUAAUACUUAUUUAGGUGGAAUCAUGUGGUUGUAGUGGAACAUGCAGCACAGUGUUCUUUUAUAAACCAGCUUUAAUGUCAUCCUCCCCAGAUGGUGGGUGUUUGGCCUGAGGGAUUGACAGGCAGCUCAUCUUGUCCAAACUCUUGUUUCUUUUGUGUCCUGUUCUCCCAGCAGCUGGUUUGGUGUGGAGCGGGUAUUGUGUUUGUGCGCUGCAUCUGUUUGUUUAAGCAGAAAUCCACUGAAUGUAUCCUUCCUAACAGUCCAAGAGGCAGGGCGAGCCAGUGUGGCCUGCUGAGUUUAGAUGGGUGCUGCUGGCGCUUCCUCAGCCAGGCUGCUGUGUUUGUGUGUGUGUGUGUGUGUGUUUGCCAGCACACCUUCCCUCCCUCUUAACACACAUUCACACACUGUGGUGAGUUAGUGCAGAUGUCAGGUCUUCAGUCUAAAUAAGGCAAAGGAGACUAUAAUAUAUUGGCCACCUGCUGCUCUCUCUGUACUCUGUGGACUUUAAACAUUUCCUAUGCAGUUGUUUGUUUCUUUUUUGUUUGUUUACACAUAAAUAAAGUUGUAUUUCUUUGACUUCAAAA